ACUUUACUGCAGCCAGCCACCAGGGGGCGAUGGAGAUGUUUUGGCUGUAGGAGCUGUGAUGUGUCCAUCUCAAUAUACAGUCACUGAUAUUUAGGAAAAGCAGAGACUGUAAAAGACGGUCCGUCACCAUCAUCAGAAAUAUCCGACAACCCACUGGACAGAUGAAACUCAGUUCAGACAUUCAUGGUCUCGACAGGACGAAUCCUCCAGACUCUGAUGAUCCUCUGACUUCUCCUCUAGCGCCAUCAUCAGGUCAACUAAUGACAAUCCCAUCUGCCUCAGCUUAAACAGCAGAACCUGGGCUCUGAUCUGAAGUCAGUCUGAGUCUGUUAAUGACUGUUGUGGUCUGGAGUGUUUUAGUGCAGACGAAUCCAUCAGAGCAGAGACCCUGAGACCCUGAGACCAGCGGUGGAUUGGACGUUUGCCUGGAAGUCAACAGUUAGAUUCGUGCUGAUCUUUUAUCUCUUUUGGCUCUGAACAGAAAAUGAAGUCAUCACCAUGAUUUACGCUCCUGUGUCCCUUCAAGGCUACAGUUUUCAUCAUAGUCACAGGUGAUUCAGCUGAUCUCAGUGCAGCAGCUUCAAACCUUUUCAGCUUGAGAGCCUUUAGUCUAAAUCACUGUUUACUCCUCAGCCACCAGGGGGCGAUCCAGGUGUUUUAACUUCAUUUGAGUUUACUACCUGCUGAUGUUCUGUUUUCUAAUGUAUUCAUGUGUUUUCAUAAAUGUUGUUUUUGGUUUUGUUUGUUCUGUUUCGUGACUUCUUGUGUUCUGAACCUCAGGGACCGGCCUGUGAAGGGCCCUGAUCCUCAGGUUGGACACCACGGUCUUAAAGCUUUAUCAGUUGUGGAGCUGGAACGUGUGGUUUAAAAAAUACUUUGACAUUUCAGGAGGUAAUUAUCUGUGUGUGAGGUACAGAGCAGGGGUCAGGGGGUGAUUAGCGUAGCUUAGCAUAAAGACUGGAAACAGGGGGAAACUGCUAGCCUGGCUCUGUGCAGACUUCACCUCCCUGCACAGUUCUGGUUCAGGGGGAGCUACACAGUUUUUUGACUGGUUCUCUCAGGGUCUGAACUCCUGAUAGAACCACAACCUGCUGCAGGUUUACAUACGGUCUGAGGACGCAGAACCUCGCUGCAGGAGAGUUUGUUGGUUUUUGUCCUGACCUGCAGUGUGAGCUGAUCUACACAGGUGUGUGUCAGGUGUGUGUCAGGUCCAGUCUGCCACAGGUGAGCUCUCUGGGAUAAUCAAAACAAACAGGAAGGAGCUGAUCACAGCGAAGUAAAUGUAAAUUUUCAAAAAAACAUUUUCAACAUUUUGUCGCUAUUGAUUAUUGAUGAUCGCGUGGAUUGAUGAUCGAAAACGGUAUUUAUUAUUAUUCCAUCAGUUUAGAUUUAAAUGUACAACACAACGUGUGCAUGCAGUGUGAUAAAGGUGUGUGUGUGUGUGUGUUCUUGGCCGCUGUUCGUCGUGAACGCGCCUCGCGCUCCUCUCGUCAUUCAGUGGAGCAGAGCGCGUGGAGCAGCAGCUUCAGGUCAGUCUCAGAUUAUUAUUCUCUGUGUUGUUCAGAUUAAAGAUCAGUUUUUUAGUUUGAAGUUCAGAUGUUACAUUUCAAACACUGAAUGUUUUUUAUUCUAAAAGUAAUUUGGUGUUUGAGGUUAUUUAUUUUUACUUUUACCUGUAGAAACAUCUGGUGUCACUUUAUUCUUCACUGAUCUGUGUCAGUGUUUCUGUUGGAGAGAAUUUACUGAGAAGCCGCAACCUCAGAAUAUUUCUCCUGAAAAAUUACUGAAAUAAUUAAUGAAUUAUUAGAUUCAUUUUCUUUCAGUGCAAGAAUCAAUAAAUCGAGUGUAGUCGCAGCUCUAAAAUAUUUAACCUGUGAUAAAUGUUAAAUCAGACAUUAAAUGAAAGCAGAGACAGUGGCGUGUUUGAACCAUCAGAUGGAGACAAAGAGCAGCAUCAGGCGACUGUUUCAGUUUAAUGUCAAACUAUCUGGUUUUUAAACACAUGUAUGUUCAGUAUAUACAGCCUGGUUAACUUAUAUUAGACAGUGAUGAAUAAUGUGAUCUAGUUUUUGCAUGAUCUUUAAAUCAAACUGUAUUAAAUACUGUAGUUUAACUCAACAGGUAUUUGGAAGCACAUUCAUGCCAUGAAAUGUUUAUGGGUUGAAAUAUACAAUAACAAAAUAAUCAACAGUUAAAAUAUGAUGAUAAAUUCUGAUUCGAUGCUGUAGUUAGUGAAUUUAUUAUUAUUAUUAUUAUUAUUAUUAUUAUUAAUGGUUUCUGUCAGGACUUCAUUAUGACCUUUUAAUCUAAUGUGACCUAAUAAGACUGAGUGGAGUCAGUUGAGUAUGGAAGAUCAUUUACGCCAUGAAAAUAAAUAAAUGUGUGAGAAAAAAAACACGUAUCUGCAAAAUGUCUCAUAAUGAUUUAUUUAAAUGUGACAUAAUUAAGAAAUCACAUUUUUAUCAUCCAUUAAUCAUCUUUAUAUUAACAUUUUUCAGCACAGACUGAUUUAGACUAAUUCAGUUAAUGAUUUAUUCUAAUUUAAUUUAAAAUGACUUUAACUUAACGAACACGUUCAUUAGCUGCAGGACAGAUGAUUAAUUAACCAUCUGUGUUAAAAGAGCUUCUGUUUUCUCUUCAUUGAUCAGUGAUUAGAAAACCUGUCCUCUCCGUCUGACAUGAAACAGUUUGUUUAAAAAGCUCAGAGCAGUGAAGUCUCUCUGAGUUUCUCAGACGUCAGAGCUGAGACUCGACAUUCCCCGACCUGUGGACGAAUCUAACAAGUACCCUACAUGAACAUCAGCAGAGCCGUGAAAAUGAGGCGUCGAAAAACUCAAAGCCAACAUUCGAGAGGUCACACCGACGAGCAAAAGAGCCGUCGAACACUAAAUCUACUUUGUAGAUGAGUGAGAGAGGCCGGUGAUCGACUGUGAAUCCUCUGAUUUAGAAUACACCUGAAGUGUGUGAAGAAGUCUCAUGUCUGAAUUUUACAGGUUAGAUUUAUGUCCUUUACAUUUUCCCUGUUUAUCUUGAAUAUUUAACAGAAAGAUGGACAAUAAAGUUAAAAAUUUAAAAAUACAACUCUUCUUUUUAAGGACAUUUAGACCUUUUUUUUCUGUGACUAUAUAAAGACUGAGAUGAUGUGAAUUAGCCUGUUAGUGGUUGGAUUCUCAUUAUGUCUCUGAAGUUCAGUGUUAAAGUUCAUUCUGACUUCAGAAACAACAGUUUGAAAAAAUCAUUUCAUCCUAAACUCGCCUUCCUGGAGCUUUUGACGUCAUCGUUUCAUGGUUGAGAGCUCCAUCAAAGGAUACUGAGUGGAUACUGAGUUGGGCUGUAACACCAGAACUACUGACAUUCCCAUUUGUCACUUUACAGUUAACACUGUGUAAACCGUGUGUUUAAAGCUGCAUAUUUUAUAAAUAUUAUACAUUAGAUCUAUCUUAUUUAGUGCUGCAGGACUGAUCCUAGAACCAGGAAGUCAGUUAGCAUGUUAGCAUGUUAGCACUUCCUGUUCCCUCGUCCCAGAGUCAGUGUGUUUCUGGUUAAAUGUCUGAAAUAAGGUCUGUGGUUUUAACACAAGCUCAAGACAUUUUCAGGUUUUAUUCUCUGACAUAAAAUGGGUCAGUAAAUCCCCCACUCCUGAUGUUUGAAGCUUUUACGUGUCUUAAAAAAGGCGGUUGCUAACGAGUGUCUAAAUGAGACUACAGAGGUCAUAAAUCUAAGCUAACCCUGUUUCUCUGACCCUUCAGACUCUAAAUCUGAGCAUGUAGACCUGAUGCAAAAUGGCCGACCUGACCAACAGCAGCUUGGCGCUAACGGACUACAUCCUGGCCGGUGAUGGCCUGGACUAUGAGAUUCCUCUGGACGAGAUCCCGGACACCACGCAGGGCCAGGCCUUCUUCGUGGCCACCAUCGUCAUCGCCGUCGUCCUGGUGGGCAUCAUGCUGGUCUGCGGAGUGGGAAACUGCCUAUUCAUCGCCAGCCUCGCCCGCUACAAGCAGCUCAGGAACCUGACCAACCUGCUGAUCGCCAACCUGGCCGUGUCGGACGUGCUGGUGGCGGUGGUGUGCUGCCCCUUCCUGCUGGACUACUACGUGGUGAAGCAGCUUUCGUGGGAUCACGGCCUGUUGCUCUGUGCCUCCACCAACUACCUGCGCACUGUCUCGCUCUACGUGUCGACCAACGCACUGCUGGCCAUCGCCGUGGACAGGUACAUGGCCAUCCUCUACCCUCUGAAGCCUCGUAUGAAGCACCAGACGGCAUACUGCGUGAUCCUGACGGUCUGGAUCAUCCCCAUCUUCAUCGCCAUCCCUUCUGCCUACAUGGCCUCUGAGACCACAUACCCUCACGUUGAAGGUCAAACCCACAAGACCUUCUGCGCUCAGAUCUGGCCCGUGGACCAGCAGGUUUACUACCGUUCAUACUUCCUCCUCAUCUUCUUCCUAGAGUUCUUGGUCCCUGUGACCGUCAUGGCCAUCUGCUACAGCCAGAUCUCCAGGGAGCUGUGGUUCAAGGAUGUUCCAGGUUUCCAGACCGAGCAGAUCCGGAAGAGGCUCCAGAGGCGUCGGAGGACGGUGGUGGUGCUGAUCCUGGUGCUGGUGGCCUACGUUCUGUGUUGGGCGCCAUACUACGGCUUCGCCCUGCUGCGGGACUUUUACCCCACCCUCAUCUCCAGGGACAGGAACUCCCUGGUGGCCUUCUACAUCAUCGAGUGCAUCGCCAUGAGCAAUGGGGUCAUCAACACCCUCUGCUUCGUGAGCGUCCAAAACAACACCAAGCGCCUGAAGAAGGCGGGAAAGUUCCCGCUGAGGUUGGUGACCUUCGUGGCCGCCAAGUCGGUGGAUGAAGGGGAGGCACGGACGUCCUCCCUCCGAGUGACGGAGGACGUAGACGGAGCUCGGCUCAGGUAGAGAUCAGACAACAGAAACUGGACAGAAAAUGAAACAGAAGAACUGGAUCUUAUCAGUACGUUCAAGUGGUUCACGUCUCUGUUGAAGAUGUGAACUUCAAGGAGUUUUUAAUGGAAUAGCUGAGACUCACCUGAAGGAGCAGUCACUCAUUUUCACCACAGUAGUGCAGCCUGGUGUAAAUACAUCCUGAUCCUCGUCUGAUCCUUGACCUUGAGUUUCACUGAGCAUUUUCAUUUUAUUUAUUCUGUUCAAUGUGCUUGACUUCUGAAACCAAACUCACUUCUUUUCAUUACUGUGAGAUUCAACAACUACAUGUCUUCAAUGUCAGGACUCAGUUUUACCUCAAACCUGAACAGAGGUGGUUUUUCUUUGGCAGCUUCUGAUCUUUAAAACAUUUGGUCAACAGUGUUACUAUCAUAACAAACAUUCACAUGGCCACAGGUUUUUUUCCAGGACUUCCAGGAUGCCUGAGAGUCCUGUGAGUUAAAAAUCUUCGACUUAAAAACUUUAGAAAGGGUCUGAGUUGUACAUUUGGUGAGAGGAGCUGGAUGGACAGAGAGUCUGUUACAGCAGGAAAACGUUUUGCAUGUGAGAGAAAAAUUCUGAGGAUACUCAUGAGUUGUUGAAGGUUUUACAGUUUUAUGGAAGAAAACUUCUUAAAGAACCCUGUCACUGUGUCUGUGUCGUCUGGUGAUUUCAUAUUUUUACAUUUCAUUUAUCUUGGUGUCAUCAAAUCUCAUGAAAAAGUACAAACACUCACUACAGCACGAAAUGUGGAUUCAUCCGCAGCUGGAAAUAGUCCCCAACAAAUGGUUUUUAUAUUUCCUCCUGUUUGUUUUAUUCUGGGAUGAAUUUCUCCUCCUGUUUAAACCUUGACUUGAACAGCGUUGGAAGAAAAACUCAGAUCCUUCAUUACAGUAAAAGUACUCGAUUACAAAUGGAAGUCCUACCUUGAAAAUACCUGUACAAUCAGGAAAUGUACAGUACGUAAAUAUUAAAAAUUUUCAAAGCAGAAAAAAUGUCCCUGCGAGAGUUUUACUGUUAUUUUAUUUAUUAUUAGAUUAUUUUUUAUUCAGGCACUUCAUUCAUUGUCAGGAGGGAAAUUUACUGCUGUGCCUAAUGAUUAAUUUAUAUUCAUUUAUAAUCUGUUUAUAAUUUCACUGUUGAUUAAUGUGAUGAUUAUUUUCACUUUUAAUGAAUUUAUAAAAACAGAGAGAAGCGUCGUCACAGCUGAAACACCUUCACUGUGUUUGUUUUGUCCAAACCUCAAAGUUACUGCAGAUAAAUUAAAAUAUAAUUUGAAGAAAAAGGAAGUUGUUACAGUUUCAAAGC